AUGAAAAAAUUAGAUUAAGAAACAACUCUUAAAAAAAGAAUCAAUUAAAAUACAAAAUUAGUCAUAAAACAAAUAAUUGUUUAUGAUUAAUUUUCUGAUGUAUUUUCUGAUCUUAUAAAAUUGUAUAAAACUCCAGAUCACAUUUGUGCUUAUGCAGCAGCUUCUAAUGUUAGAAUUUUAAAAGAAUUUGGAAUAAAAUAAGGUUUGAUUAAAAUGAAGGACAUGGAAAUCCUUAAAAAAUAUAUGGCAGAAAUGAUGAAAUUUAUUUUCUUUAGUAGAAUAGAAUAUGCAAAGACUAAAUGGUAAAAUGAUCUAGAAAAAGCUAAAAAAUAUUGUUAAGAUUGGGUAGCUAAUUAUGAGUUAAGUGACUAUAUGAAACAAUUAGCGUUAGAAAAUGUUUAUAUAUUCAGACAUGUAGGUUUAUUUCAUCCAAAUCUUUUUGAAAAGACUGAAAAUUAAGAAAGAGAGAGAAUUAUAUAAGAUGAAACUCCAUUUAAAGAUGAUCCAUAUUUUAUUUAUUAUCCUAAGGAAAAUAAAUAUAUAAAGAAAAAUGAAUUUUAGAUUUCAGAUAAUCAUAUUUAUAUAUUUGAUACAAUGGGACAUUUUAUUUGUGGAUGGGUAAAAAAUAAAGAUAAGAAUAAUAAAGCCAUUACAAUUUUGGAAACCAUUACUAAUCGUGAUAGCAAGGAAAACGAAAAUUUAUAAAUAUUUUUUAGAUGA